UGUGGACUUCGUAGCAAAAGUGACCUGACCCGCGGCCCGCUGGCCAGCGUGCUCUGCUCCCCCAGAACUCGACUGAGUCCGCUCGUGGCGGCCGCCGGCGCCGGCAUCCUCCUGCCAUUUCCGAUUACUCUCACAAUCACCAAGUGCUGGCCUCUCGUGUGCACGAGCGCACGCCAUGCUCAGGCGCCUAGCCAAGAACCCAUUGCUCCCGCGCCGACGGCUCUUCCCCCUCUUCCUCCAGCCCCGCCGCCCCUGCGCCAACGCAACACCCUCGACGGCUGCCGGGGAGAUCGCGCCGGCUCGCGCCGCAAAUGAGGCUCCCCUCGAAGAUGACCUCGCGGAGGAGUCGCGCAGCCGCCUCGUGUGGGACACCUGCAGUCUGCUCGAGCUCCGGGACUCGUGGAACGCGAAGCGGGAGGCGCAGCUCCGGCACCUCCUCCGCGUGCUCUCCCCGCCGCAGGUCCGCGCGGUGCUGCGCGCGCAGGCGCAGCGGGACGCCCGCGCGGCGUUCGAGUUCUUCCGCUGGGCCGACCGCCAGUGGAAGUACCGCCACGCCCCAGAGGUGUUCGACGAAAUGCUGGCGCUCCUCAGCCGCACCAGGCUCCACGACCCGGCGCGCCGCGUCAUGCGCCUCAUGAUCCGCCGGGGUAUGCGGCGGGGGACACAGCAGUUCGCACACCUCAUGCUCUCCUACAGCCGCGCGGGGAAGCUCCGUUCCGCCAUGCGCGUGCUCCAGCUCAUGCAGAAGGAUGGGUGUGCGCCCGACAUAUCUAUAUGCAACGUGGCAGUGAACGUGCUUGUCGUGGCUGGCCGCAUCGACAAGGCGCUUGAGUUUGCCGAAAGGAUGCGGCGUGUUGGGGUUGACCCGGACGUAGUCACGUACAAUUGCCUGAUCAAAGGAUUGUGUGGAGCUCGGCGGAUCAUUGAUGCACUGGAGAUGAUUGGUUCGAUGCUGCAAAAUGGGUGUCCACCAGAUAAGAUCAGCUACUUUACAGUGAUGAGCUUCUUGUGCAAGGAGAAGAGGGUGGCAGAGGUGCGGGAUUUACUUGAGAGGAUGAGGAAUGAUGCAGGUCUAUUUCCAGAUCAGGUCACGUAUAACAUGCUUAUUCAUGUUCUUGCUAAGCAUGGUCAUGCAGACGAAGCAUUGGGGUUCCUGAGGGAGUCAGAGGGGAAAAGAUUCCGUGUUGAUGAAGUCGGUUAUAGUGCGAUUGUGCACUCAUUUUGCUUGAAUGGUAGGAUGGCAGAAGCAAAGGAAAUUGUAAGCGAGAUGAUUUCAAAAGGGUGCCACCCUGAUGUUGUAACAUAUAGUGCAGUUGUUGAUGGAUUCUGCCGGACUGGGGAACUCGAUCAAGCAAGAAAGAUGAUGAAACAUAUGUAUAAGAGUGGUUGCAAGCCAAAUACAGUCACACAUACUGCACUGUUAAAUGGGCUUUGCAAAGUCGGAAAGACUUCAGAAGCAUGGGAAUUGCUAAACAAGAGCGAAGAGGAAUGGUGGACUCCCAGUGAUAUCACAUACAGUGUUGUUAUGCAUGGAUUUAGGAGGGAAGGGAAGUUAAAGGAAUCAUGUGAUGUGGUAGUGCAGAUGUUGCAGAAGGGUUUCUUCCCCACAACUGUGGAGAUUAACUUAUUGAUUCAUGCUUUAUGCAAGGAAGGAAAGCCAGCAGAGGCCAAAGACUUCAUGGAGCAGUGCCAAAGCAAGGGCUGCUCCAUUAAUGUUGUUAACUUCACAACUGUAAUUCAUGGAUUUUCUCGCCAGGGUGAUUUGGAAUCGGCGCUCUCUUUACUGGAUGACAUGUAUCUGACCAACAGGCAUCCUGAUGUUGUUACAUACACUGUUGUUGUCGAUGCUCUAGGAAAGAAAGGUAAAAUGAAAGAAGCCACAGAGCUUGUACAGAAAAUGCUUAAAAGAGGUUUGCUCCCUACACCUGUCACAUACAGGACGGUGAUACAUAGAUAUUGUGAAAGGGGUAAAGUUGAAGAGUUACUCAUUCUGCUGGAUAAGAUGUUAGCAAGGCAGCAGUUUAGUAGUGCGUACAAUCAGGUUAUUGAGAAGCUAUGUGCAUUUGGUAAACUUAGUGAGGCUUAUAAUCUCCUCAGCAAGGUACUAAGAACUGCAUCAAAAAGAGAUGCUCAAACAUGCCACGUUUUGAUGGAGAGGUUUCUGAAUAGAGGACUGCCACUCCAAUCAUAUAAUGUGGCCUGCCGCAUGUUCCAGAGAAAUUUAAUUCCUGAUCUUAAGUUAUGUCAAAAAGUUGAAAGUAAGCUGGCCCAAGCGGGAGAGACACAAGCAGCUGGAAAGCUUAUCAUUAAGUUGUUGAAAGAGGUAUUCUAAAACAAAACCACUGAUUUAUGCCAUGGUCAUGGUGUGUCCUGUCUUUGUUGAUAGGACAUUUAAGAUUUAUUGAACAGUCAAUGUGGUGCAAACCAGGACCAUUACAUGGCCUUGUACCUUGUACAGAGAUUUGUGCUCGGGGUUCAUGGUAUGAGUCUUAUAUUACAGUAACAUGUCAGCAACUCCUCCAGAGCUGGAUAUCUAUGCAACUGCAACUUGAUGUCACUACCACAUCUUCCAACUUUGUGACCGGUGAGCAUGAGUGAUGAUAUUUUUCUUGUUGAACUGCAACUUCAAGUUAUCAAAUGAAAGUUAGUGCAUAAUUUUUUUAUUUGAUCUGUCCUCUUUUUGUUUGAGACACAGAGAGAUGGAAACAAUAGGGACAGCUCUACUGGAAAUAUGACCUUUUCUGUCAACCCUGUUGUUGUUCAGGCUUGCAGUGCUUGAAAAUACUGCUGUAUAGUUCACCUACAGUUACACCCAUAUUCUGGUGACUGGAGGGAUAUAGUUAGUAAAGGCCAACACUUAAAGUUGAGUCCAUUUCCUUGUAAAAAAUAUUAUGAAACUGAUCAGUAGGUUUCAUGGCACCAGUAAUUUUCUUUGAACUGGUAGGUUAUUAAGGCCCUCUCCUAAGCUGCAAUGCCACUUGCUAGUCACACUUCACCACUUCCAUCAUUCCGCAAACCUCUUCAGCCAGCAAGUUGACUGGUAGCGCUUAACUUAGUCCCAUCUGUCUGUAUAGCUCGUAGAUAGCUCUUAAGUUUCUGUCUAGUUGUUGCUCCCUUUUGCUUCUUCUUUUAUUUGUACAGGCUUACUGUAUUCUUAACUUUUGGUGUUUUCUUUUUUCUAAAUAAAAUGUUACAGCGGGGGCCUCCCUCGCUGUUUUCAGUUCAAAAAAAGUUGACUGGUAGCUGUGCCCCCAGGAAGGUUAGUUACCCUCCAUUCCAAUCAGGGAAUCAGGAAUUCUAGAAGUUAUGACUACAGAUCAUAUGCAUAUAGAGUGAACUCUUAACUGAGUGCAGAACUCGUGGAGGGGACAAUAGGGGUGAAGGCAGCAAUGUGAUGACACAGUUGCUGGACAUCAAUGACUCGUCGGGUGUGUCGGAGGAGCAGCUGUAGUGAGAGCUACCAUGGGCGUGCUGGCACAGCUGACAGCGUGGGAGGCAGGCAACCUGUGGCGCAUCUCAUGGGCUCUAUCCUCAUCACGCUCUUCAGCUUCACACUCAGUCUCAUCACACCGAUGUUUGUGGGACACCUCGGUGAGCUUGAGCCUGCCGGCACAUCGAUCAGCAACAUCGACAUCCAGGGCCUACCUUAUGGCGUCAUGCUCAUUGGGCAAGAGGUAGAUGUGGCUGUGGUGGGGCAGCUGUAUGCUCGUGGCCUGCUGCCACAGCUGCUUGCUUUUGCCCUCUUCUUCCUGAUGCAGAGGUUCCUUCAGGCCCAGAACAUUGUCAACCCUGUGGCAUACAUCACACUGGUGGUGUUGAUCUUCCACACCCUUUCUCAUUUGUGCUCGACUGAGGCCUCCUCAGAGUGCCGACACUGAGCUUCUCUUGGUAAUUGGUGCAUGCUUGUGGUGUUGACAUGGGAUUACAUCAUCUGUAGUCCAGCUUGUAAAGAGACCUGGACUGGACUGUCCUUGCUUGCCUUUAGAGGCCUCUGGGGAUAAUGCCAAGCUAGCCUUUGCCUCAGCCUUCAUGCUAGCACGAGUGACCUGGUGCUAGAUCUUAGUUUGUUAGGUGUUUAAGGUACUUCUUGUUGGUUUAUAUUAGAUGGAGAUUUGGUAUGCGCAAUGAUUUGUGCUUCCUUCCCAACUCAGAGAUUGCACCCGAUUCCCUCUGUAUCUGCAUCAAUUACUGGAACUGGGACUUUCAGAUCAUGCUUGGCUUGAGCUAUGCAGCCAGUAUUUGUGUUGGUAAUGAACUUGGUGCUGGCCAUCAAAAGGUAGCAAGGUUCUCAGUCAUUGUGGUUGUCAUGGCAAGCAUCACCUUCAGCAUUUUUGUGACCCUUUUAGUCAUAACUCUGAGCACUCUGUACACGAGCAGCACCACAGUAAUCGAGGCUGUUAACAGUCUGAUGCCAUUGCUGGCCUUCAGCAUCUUCUUGAAUGGGAUUCAGCCAAUCCUCUCAGGAGCUGCCAUUGGGAGUGGAUGGCAAACAAUAGUUGCCUAUGUCAAUGUUGGGGCCUACUAUCUGAUUGGGCUUCCAAUUGGAUGCAUCCUAGGAUACAAAACAAGCCUUGGGGCUGCUGGAAUGUGGUGGCGUUUAAUCAUAAGGGUCACUGUGCAAACAAUAGCCCUGAUCAUUCUUACAGCCAGGACUAACUGGGACAAUUAGGUGGAGAAGGCGAUGCAGCAUCUGCAACAUACAGGCGUGGUUCCGGUCAACGACAUCAUUGCAGGGCCCAAGGAAUCGACCUGUGACACUGUUCUUGUGCUCAGUUGGCUGGAAGAGCUGUUCGCCUGUUCCUGCUCCUCCAUUGUUAUGUGAGGGUAGUUUUAGGACUUGGGUUUCGUUUAGUUCCUAAAAUUUUUCCAGCGCUAUAGUUAUUUUGAAUGUUUGACUACUAAUUAGAAAUAUUAAAUAUGGAUAACUAAUAAAACUCA